AUGGAGGUUUUGAUACUGGCGCAACAUGAAGUAUAUCAGCGAAUUGGACGCACGUACGAAAAUCUGAAGAAGUCAGGAAUAGAAAAGAUAGAACUAGGCCGAGUCCAGUCAGCACUACAGCAGCUGGACAAGAAGUGGGCUCUAAUCGAAGAGCAGCACGCCAGCUUGCGCAAUGAGCACUGGGUCGAUUUAAAAAAACACGAAUAUUAUACUACGGAUUUUAUAUCUACAGCUGAAGGAACUUACCUCGUGCAAAGAGGCAAACUUCUAGAACUGGAGCGAGCUCUCAAGCCAAGGGUCGAAGAAACCAAGCAAGCGGUCGAAACAUCUACAACUGUGGCACGCCGGGCCGCGCUGCCAAAAAUACGGUUGCCACAAUUCUCUGGGAAGUAUGAAGAUUGGCCAGCUUUCCGAGACCAUUUUAUUUCAACAAUAGAUAGCGAUGAUCUUCUGCCCCCGAUCGAAAAGCUGCACUAUCUACGCUCAUGCGUACAAGGAGAAGCAGCCAGCAUGAUUCGCAAUUUACCUGCAACAGAGGCGAGUUAUAAGAAGGCUUGGAAAGAGUUAUCUGAUUUUUUCGAAAAUACACAGCUACUAGUUCGUUCCUACAUUAGCAAGUUCUUGUCUCUGCACAAGAUGAAAAAUGAAGAUGCCGUAGACCUAAAGAAAAUCUUCCAUAGCAUAGUGAACACCUACGACUCACUGGAAAACAUUGGACGUCCGGUGUCAUGUAGUGAAGAUUUAUUCGUGCAUUUGAUCGUAGAUCUUCUCGGCCCUCGUACAAGAGAUUUGUGGGACGAGCACAUCAGUGUCAGCUCAGACCCUCCGAGUUAUGAAACUCUUAAAACCUUUUUGCAACGUCGCUUGCAAACGCUGGAUGGACGCUGGGCUACAAAGGUGGCAAAAGCGGAUACAGCAGCUACCAAGUCGACCAAUAAGACGACUAAAAGCCACACGGUUCAGAAAAAAGAAGCCAUCCAGAAAGGAUCCAAGGAGCGCUGCACAUGCUGCAAAAAGGACCACUAUUUGAUGUUCUGUGAAAGCUUUAAAGGCAAAUCUGCAGCCGAAAAACGAACGCACGUAAGUGAGAACAAUCUGUGCUUUAAUUGUCUAGGAAAACACAAGGUCAAGGAGUGCCUAUCAAAAAAGUCAUGCACAGUGUGCAAUGAACGUCAUCACACGCUGCUGCACGACACGAGUCGAGAAAACCGGGAUGAGAGCUCCGAGGCUAUCACGUCGCACGUGGCACGACACCGAGUUGAAAAGAGAAUUUCGAUUUUGCUAGCAACUGCUCGCGUACGCGUCGCGGAUCGUUUCGGCUUACUACACAAUGCUCGCGCUCUGGUUGAUCAAGGCUCGGAGACCUCCUUUGUAUCAGAAGCGCUAGUACAGAGACUGAAGUUACCAAGACGACAUGCGUCCGUAUCCGUCAUAGGAGUAGGCGGAAAGCAAACCGGAGUUUCAAAGGGGCGAGUGACUUGCAAGCUCCUGCCACACUUCAGCAAUUUCGAACNCACCGUUGACGCGCUCGUGCUUCCGCGUCUCAGCGCGUACACAGGGGGCUCGGACGUCAUCUCGCAGCAGUGGCAACAUCUCAAGAAUCUCGAAUUAGCUGACCCCAAUUUCCUAGCAAACGAUACGGUGGACAUUCUUCUCGGAGCUGAUGUAUUCGGUGCAAUCGUAAAAGCAGGUCUGCAGAAAGGAGCACCCGAUGAACCUAUCNCGCAACAAACUGUCUUAGGUUGGAUCAUCUCCGGAAAUGUCACCUCAUCCUCGAGAGUUUCCUCUAACAAAUUGUGCGCUCACCAGUGUAUAAAGGCGGAAGCCUUAACGGAGUUG